AUGCCUUUUCGUCCUAAAUGUUCGAAGGACUGGGAAGAUCGACGUGAAAUCAUCGAGCAGCUCUACUGGCAAGAUGACAAGGAGCUGCCAGAAGUCAUGGACCUCAUGAAGGCGAUCCACGGUUUCCAAGCCAGCAAGAAGCAGUACAAAACCAAGUUUCGCCAAUGGAAUAUUCGAAAGAAUAUUAGUAGCCAAAAGAAGAAUGCAAUGUUAAGCAUUCAGGAAAGGAGAAGAUUGGUGACGAACAAAGAGACCAAAUUCCUGUACCACGGUCGUCUUGUCGCUCAGUACAAGCUCGACAGGUUCGAGAAGAGCGCAAGCUGUACAAAUCAGACAGGGGAAGUUGACGACAAGGCUGGUGUCCAAACACCUUCGGAUGUUGAAUACAGAACGCCUUCACCGGCAGUAGCGCCGGGCCCUACGGGUCCACCCACAGAUGACUAUGCGGAGGGCUCGAUUGGUCCAGGAGAUGACCUGGAGAUCAAUUUGGCCACGAUCUUGAUGAAUCAAACAUUUCCGUUCUCGAUAAACGAUGAGUCCCAUUUUGCGAACACAGACACCACAGCCAACGGCGCAGUCGGGGAUGUACAAACCAGUACUACGAACUGGUACGCCAGACAAAGAGGCCCCUGGGACAGCUUGUUCUUGGACUCUGACCACGAUUACUACCACCAUGAACAAGUAGAUUAUGAUCACACCCAGUGGGGAAACAUGCCAACCUUGCUAGAUUCGAAUUACGCAGUACGGCCAGCAUCGACCAUAGACCCUUCGGUCUUGAGCUCUGAACAUGCUAUGAACUUAUUCCCCAGCGACGGGUUGUCAAGUUUCAAUCACGUAUUUGACACCAAAUUGGAGCUCGAGACAUCAUCUAGACAAGAAAAUAUCUUGCAUGAAGUUGACAAUACUACUAGUCGAUCAUUGUCAACUCCACUUCAGGAAUCUACUGCGGUCGCUGAUCUGUCUAUUCCAUCACAAGAAAAGAGUAAGGCGGAUGGCUCCGACUCUGACAAAGCAGAAAACAAGAAGAACACUACGAUAUCUGCCCUAGAGCAAACGGCCUCGUCCACGUCUCAAAACUCCAGACAAUUAAUUAUUGCAGACACCACGGAGUCUAGAGAGAGGAGGUGGGAAUGUAACCGACGAGCGCAGAAAGCAUUCCGUAAGAAGGUACGCGAGCAGAAGGAGCAUGCCGAACGUGAGCGCCAGAACCAGCAGCAUGCUGGGAACAGCUAUUCCAUCCCUGGGUCGACAGAGCCUUGGGCUGCAGAUGAAACGUGCGGUCUGCCGUGGGGCUCCAUAAGUAUACGGCACGUGAUGACGCGAGGCCAUGAGAGCGAGAGUAGGAAAGGUGGUAGCGGGGACGACUGGAGCGAUGGCAGCCAGGAGACGGUCACGGGGAGCAUGCUUGAAGGUCUAACAUCAAUGGCUGUUCAAGAUGAUUGA